AUGGAAAGUGUAUCGGGAGGUCUCAGACAGAUUUGGUUGUUGUUCUUUCUUAAAGUCCUUCAUUUCCAAACAAGUGAUACUAUGUCGAGUGAUGAGCAAGCCGAUAAAGAGUGUCCUUUGUGCAUGGAGCCACUUGAGAUCGAUGAUAUUAAUUUCUAUCCGUGCAAAUGUGAAUAUCAAGUGAGAAAUAACGUUCUCUUGUAUUGGUUGGAAUCAGUAGGUGGAUUGAUCUGUAGAUUUUGUUGGCAUCGAUUGCGAACUGAUGAAAAUGGACUGUGCCCUGCGUGUAGGCAACCUUACCCGGAAGAUCCUGUCAAUUUUAAACCAUUGUCUGUUUCCGAUGUCCAAAAAAUAAAGACGGAAAAACGCCAAAAGCAACAACAGCAAAAAAUCAAAAUUUGUGAAUCUCGAAAACACCUUUCUUCGUAUAGAGUGCUGCAAAAGAACCUCGUAUAUGUGGUGGGGUUAUCGACGCGAGUCGCAGAUCCAGAGACCUUGAAAAGGCCUGAAUAUUUUGGAAAAUUUGGUCGUAUACUAAAGGUUGCUGUAGGAACUUCAUUAUCGUCAAAUGGACCCCAAUCAGCAUCAUGCACUGCUUAUGUAACUUAUGCGCGGUAUGAAGAUGCACUAAGAGCUAUUCAGGUUUUUUCAUAUUUUCAUCCAGUAUUGGAGCAUGAUCAGUUAGAUAAGUAUGAGGCUGUCAACAAUGCACAGUUAGAUGGACGAAUUGUAAAAGCAUCGCUUGGAACUACGAAAUAUUGUACAAAUUUUCUUCGCAGUCAACCUUGUCACAAAUUGGAGUGCAUGUAUUUGCAUGAUGUAGCCGACACAGAAGUCAGUUUCACCAAAGAUGAUAUGCAUUUAGGACGACAUGCCGAAUACGAAAAGCGCUUAAUCGAAUCAACCCUUAAAGAAAAAAGUCAGCGUGGACAAACAACACUUGCCAAUAUUGCAAGUGGAAAACCAGCAAAUAGUGUAGAGCGUGGGUCUGCUGGAUACAUAACAGCCGUAGGAAGCAAUGAAGAGAGGGGGGACUUGGUUCAAAGCAGGUCACCUUCUGGUGGUAAAUGUUUGCACAAACUUAAGAACCACAUUAACGGAUCGCGGUUGUCGGAAUGGAUUUCAUCUAGUCAGUGUGUCGUACCGCUUAUUUCCACCUCAUAUGGUUCAUCUAAAGGAAUAUAUAUAGAUAAUAAAAAGGAAGGUAGUAACAAUUCGAGUCCUCUUUUGGGUGAUAGUUCGCAGCUCAAAAAUAUUUCAUCAUGUGAUUGGCAGCGUGCAUUAGGUUUUUCUGAAAAAACAGACAGUUUAGCUGCAGAAAGUGCUUAUACUUCGUCGUCGAAUGUUCAAACGAGAGUUGUAUCGAAAAGUACACGAGUCAGUGUACAUAGCGAUGAUGAUUUAGGAUUUGAUCCAAUUUCGGAAUCGGCAAAAGGUUUAGCAGAUUUAUUGGCAGAAGAAAAAACGAUGUUACCUCAGUGUUCAGCUCAAAAUGUAUGCAAUGUACCGUCAAUCUCAUCGUCACUUUUGUCAUUAAGUCUGCAAUGUGGCUGGCCUUCUAUGAAUAAUUCAAAUGGUAUUUCUACGCUACCAGUGAAAAAUGCUCAUGGCACAAAUGUUGGUUUAAUAGCAACAAACAGUUACUCUUCUGAUAAUGACCAUUUUUCACAGCCACUAAAACUUUCGUCUCAAACGACUCAAUUAUUCACUCAGCAGCCAUCAUACCACAAUCAGUACUCACCACAUCAAUAUUUUACCUCUCCAAAACCUCAGAUGACACGAGUGGGUAGCUUUGUCAGUCCUCCCAACAAUUUCACCUUCAAUUCGUCACAACCGCAGCGAUGCUCUUCCUUCAAUAAUAGUCCACAAUUUCACUCUAAUGUCACUACAAAUCCUGCGUGUCACAUUGACGGAGCUAAACUUCAAGAAUGGCAAGAAGGUUUUCGAGCGUUGUUGCCUACAGUUAAUGUUCGUUUUGUGCCAGACCUCGGUAAUACGGGUUUGUUUUUCACUAUAGUUGCUUCUGCCCUUGACCAGUGUUUGUAUGACUUUGCAGGUUCUCUGAUAGAGAAAGCCUAUCUUGAGUUUUACGCAAAGUUAAGAAGCCAAGUUGUAGGUUAUCAGCCGAACCCAACAUCGCCAGUUGAUAUGCAACGCACUGCUAGUCAGUUCCCAUCUACUCCAGGCUUUGAUCAAACAGUACCGGCUCCAGCUCAAGUUUCGAAUCCAGUUGCAGUAUCUGUUCCCUCUCCUAUGCCACCUGUAAAUUCUCAACGACAUCCGACACAGCAUUGGAUGACACCUCCACCUGGUUUUUCAUACAUUUCCAAAUAA